AGUCAGAUUUACAGAUCUGUCAACACAGAGCACCAACAUGUUGCACCAGAAAAAUGGAAGAAAGCUACCAGGCAGCUGUUCGAAGGGAGAGGACUCAAAGUAUCCAGGCACUGAACUUUGAACUGAAGUACAUGAUUGUUGGUCAUAUCACAGCUUUUCAAGAGGCCUUUGAAUCUUUGCUGCGCUUUGCUGAAAACCGCACAAGCUCCCUGUUUGAGACAGCUUACAGACCUAUGGCAAAAGAAGCAGCAGAGCCUGUUAAGGAGCUUUUUACAGACAUCUCUCUCUACAUUCUGGGUGCAGAGACUACAGUGGAAAGUGCAGUACUGCGGUUCUUUGACAGUCUCUUUCCUCUGGUGUAUAGUCGGCUAAUAAACCCAGGAAUUACAGAUCUAUCAGAGGACUAUACAGAGUGUCUGCGGCUUACAAGGCAAGACAUAAAUCCUUUUGGACACUAUUCUAAAAACAUGGUUACAGAGCUGUCAAAAUCUCUUUGGGCAAGUAGGAUGCUCAGCCAGGCCCUCAGUCUGGGCAUUGAAGUGAUAAAUACUACUGAACACGCCGCUCUGACGAAGGAGUGCAGCAGAGCCCUAGUGAAGAUGCAGUACUGCCCCCACUGCCAGGGCCUGACACUGAUCAGACCCUGUGUGGGAUAUUGUCUGAAUGUAAUGAGGGGCUGCUUGGCCAGUGUGUCAGAACUGGAUGCACAAUGGAGGGAGUAUAUCUCCACACUGGAAUAUCUGACUAAUGAAAUGGCUGCCUCUCACGAUCUGGAAAUUGCACUGUCGGGAAUCUGGAACUCCAUCAAUGAAGCCAUCCUGCACGCACAGCUCAACGGACCACAGCUCUCUGCCACAGUUGAUAAAGUGUGUGGACAGCCCAGACAACACGAAGGGAACCUGUCAGCUGCCAAUAUAGUGCCAGUGAAGGAAGCCACUGAGACACAGACGUUCGUCAUGGCCCAUGCUAGCCUGAACAAUAAAAGAAGAGAGUUCAUCAGUUACAUGAAGCGAUCCCGAACCUUUUAUGCCUCUAUAGCAGAAAGGCUGUGUGAUGGAGACCUGGUGAUGAGAGACAGCUCAACCUGCUGGAAUGGAGAGGAUGUUGUAGAAAGUUACACCAGCAGAGUUGUUUCCAAUGGACUGAAGGCACAAAUUAAUAACCCAGAACUGAAAGUCAGAGGAUUGGAUCCACUCAUCAGUAAUUUAAUUGAUAAACUUCAGCACUUUAAUCAACUGGAUGCUGAGAAGGCAAAAUUGAAACUGGAAAGAUGGGCUUCCCAAGAUGCUGGCAGUGGGGGUGGAAGAAGUGAAGAGCUGGAGUCAAGCGGGGAUUGUGAUGAUGAGGAUGGCUGUCAAGGAUCCGGUGACAGGACUCACACAGCAG